AUGUCGACCACCAAUCAGCCACCGUCCGAACAGCCCGCCACUGGGAUACCCCAGGUUGUAAUUGCACAAGCGGAGGCAAUCGCCAGCAGCAAUAGAACACAGACCGAUGAUCAAUCUCUUUCCCAAGCGGCCAGCGGCUCUACCCAGGGAAAGAACUCAUCUUCGCAAGACGACAAGCAUGUCGCGUCGUACGAUGAGCUCAUACUAAAGCACGCGAAAGAUGCUAAAUCAGACCACAGAAUGUCCGAAACGACGCAAGAAAUGCCCAUCGAGGAACGACCUCCGCCCGUUUUUAGCACUGAAUAUGGGCAGGUUGAAUUCGACCAAGAUGGCUUUGGAACCAAGGCGAAAGUUGCAAGUGAUGGACGUCUCAACAUACACAUUCAUCAAAAAUCUCGCCGUCUCUCGGAUCUGCUUGUACCUGCGUUGCGAAGCCAGCUAAAUCUCCAGCACACGGAUAAGCCCGAGACCCAACAGCCAGGCCGUACCCCUUCAUCGCUCACUGGCAUCACUGACCAAGGUGUCCCCCCACUUAAUAUAGUAAUACAUGUAGUCGGAUCGCGUGGCGAUGUACAGCCGUUCAUUGCCCUCGGCAAGGUUCUCAAGGAGACUCAUAAUCACAGAGUGCGAUUGGCCACUCAUUCGACGUUCAAAGGCUUUGUCGCAGAGAGUGGCCUGGAAUACUUUGACAUCGGGGGUGACCCGGCAGAACUCAUGGCUUUUAUGGUCAAGAACCCUGGCCUUAUGCCUGGGAUGGACUCGCUAAAGAGCGGAGAUGUUGGCAAACGACGCAAAGGAAUGUAUGAAAUACUCCAAGGCUGCUGGAGAUCCUGCUUCGAGGUCGGAGAUGGCACCGGUAUGCCCGUGACCAAUGAUGUUGGUGGAAGUCGUUCGAGUAUCGACAGUGGCAUUGGGAUGGAAAGCGGCCCCUUGGCACAGCCUUUCGUCGCUGAUGCCAUCAUCGCAAACCCUCCGAGCUUCGCUCACGUACAUUGCGCUGAAAAGCUUGGUAUCCCGCUUCAUCUCAUGUUCACCAUGCCAUGGUCCCCGACUCAAGCCUUUCCGCAUCCUUUGGCUAACAUCCAAUCCUCAAACGCUGAUACUAGCCUUACUAACUUUAUAUCAUACGCACUCGUGGAAAUGAUGACCUGGCAAGGACUCGGAGAUAUGAUCAAUCGAUUCCGCGAGAAAAGCCUAGGGUUAGAGCCUGUAAGCCUGAUGUGGGCCCCUGGUAUGGCAAGUCGGCUUCAGAUUCCUUACACAUAUUGUUGGUCCCCAGCCUUGAUACCAAAACCAAGGGAUUGGGGCUCCCACAUCUCGAUCUCAGGAUUUUACUUUCUUUCACUGGCGAGUAGCUUUUCUCCAGAACCUGAGCUUCAAGCCUUUCUUGACUCGGGUCCACCUCCAGUGUACCUUGGAUUUGGAUCCAUCGUCGUGGAUGAUCCCACGGCAAUGACGAAACUAAUCUUCGAAGCAGUCAAGAAGACUGGGCAGCGAGCCCUGGUUUCCAAAGGAUGGGGUGGCUUUGGGGCCGACGAGCUAGGGAUACCCAAGAAUGUCUUCAUGUUAGGCAAUGUGCCCCAUGACUGGUUGUUCAAGCGUGUAUCCUGUGUCGUCCACCAUGGAGGCGCAGGUACUACCGCAGCCGGCAUUGCUUUAGGCAAGCCAACCGUUGUUGUUCCUUUCUUUGGCGACCAACCGUUCUGGGGCGCAAUGGUGGCUAGAGCUGGCGCGGGACCGAAGCCGAUUCCCAGCAAGCAUUUAACGGCUGAAAAUCUUGCGGCUGGUAUUCUGGAGGCUUUGAAGCCAACAAGCCUAGCCAGGGCCCAAGACCUAGGUGCUAUGAUCAUGUCCGAGGAUGGAACUAAGAAUGGCGCGGAUAGUUUCCACGAGAAGCUCGACCUGCCUUCGUUACGAUGCUCGCUGAUGCCAAAUAAAGCAGCCGUCUGGCGUAUAAAGCGGACGCAGCUUCGAUUGAGCACUUUUGCCGCUACCACACUCGGUAACGAUGGCCUGCUGGACUUUAAUGAACUCAAGCUUUACAGACCUAAAGAGUAUGACACGGAAGACGGUCCAUGGGAUCCAAUAUCUGGUGGUGCUUCUGCACUGAUCGGAACCUUCUGUAGCCUUGCCAUGGGCGCUGCGGACUUUCCAGUUGAGAUUCUGCGAGCGCUAAAGAUUAAACCCACUGACAAGGAUCAAAACUCACAGGCUUCCCAAGACGAGGAUGUUCAUAGCGCGAGCGCGGUAGAUAAUUCAUCUAAUGCCACAAGACAGACUUCUCGAUCCAGUGAUUGUUUGGAUAGUACCGCUACGCUGUCAUCGAUGCAGACGACCGAGCCUGAUCAAAUUUCAACAGGUGCCGAAGCCGAAGCGAUCACUCCGAUCAGCUCCAAGAACAGCAAUUGCCCACCACGUGCAAUGGCGCACGCGCUGCACGGACGAGAGCCUCGGUCUAACAAGCUACACCAUAGAAGGAGUUCCGGUCACAUAACACUGGAUGCUGCAGUUGGUGCAGGCAAAGGCAUUGGACGAAUGGUGAGCGCGGGGGUUAAGUCCCCUAUGGACUUCACGCUUGGCAUUGCCAGGGGUUUCCACAACGCGCCAAAAUUAUACGGCGACGAGACUGUACGUCAGUCAGAUAAAGUGACUGGCAUACAAAGUGGCCUUAAGGCUGCUGGAAAGGAAUUCGGCUACGGUAUGUGGGAUGGUAUAACUGGCCUUGUCACUCAGCCGAUUGAUGGUGCCAAAAAGGAAGGUAUCGCUGGCCUUGUAAAAGGGUUUGGCAAAGGCAUUGGUGGGGUUGUCCUCAAGCCAAACGCAGCUGGCUGGGGAAUUCUUGGUUAUACUUUCAAGGGUAUCUACAAGGAAGUUCAGAAGCACUUUGGAUCUAGUGUUCAGAAUUAUAUCAUUGCUGCUAGAACCGCACAAGGGUACCACGAAUGGAGCAAAUCUACCUCUGAAGAACGGCUUGAGGUUGUCAGUCAGUGGCAGGCUAUCCAGGUGGAGCUCGAUAAACAGAGGAGACAAGGUCAUCACGGGAACUUCCAAGAUUCUAGUACGCUCUACAAGAAAUGGCAUACACACGUUGAAGGAAAGGAGAAGGCAAGCGUUGGGCAGAGUGAGAAGACGGUGCUAGGUACUGGAGCAACCCCAAGCGUGUCACUCAACCAGGAAAUGAACAGCUUAUCUACAAACCCCAAGCCGUUAGUGAAGGGAGACGCGAAGGAAUUUGAAGAGGCCAUACAAGCUUCCGUAGCCGCGACUUCUCGGGGUAAUCCAGAGGAAGAUAUUUUAGUUGAGCGCGCUAUUCGGGCAAGUGUUUUGGAACUACAAUCUGCCUCGCAAGUAAGGGGUGAUGAAGACAAAAUCCAGCGAGCUAUCCAUGCUUCUGUAGCAGAAGCAAAGCAUGGACGUACGGAUGCGGGAAAACCCCAAGCUAUUGGAGAUUUGAAUGAUCAGCAGCUUGAGGCGUCUUUGCAGCAGAGCCUCCAAAGUCAGCAAAUAUCGAUUGGAAAUGGAAACGAAAGCUCCCGAAAUCGCGAUCAUUUUGACGACUCGGGCAUCGAGACAGACGAUGAACAGCAGGUUGAAGCUGCCAUCAGGAAGAUAGACUUAUCUUCUCGUGAAUCAUCUACGGAAGAUCGCGACUUUGAAGACACUCUCGAGCUAUCCAAAAAAGCGCAUGAGCAUCGUAUGGACGAAAUAGCGAGAAAGAAGAAGGAAGAGGAGCUUGUCCUAGAGUAUGUUAAGAAGCAAAGUGCCCUUGAGGAAGAGCAUAGACGAGACAUUGCCAAGCUGAACACCAUGUAA